ACCAGACCUGUCCACGGAAUAUUACGUGACCAUAAUAGUUCGUAUACAGCAUAUGAUUUCCAUUCUGUUGGAUAACACUAAAAUAGCUGACAAAAACGAAUGGAUUAUUGUAAGAGCCAAUAACGUGACAUGGACAGUAACGCAUCUCAAGUUCAUUGAGCGCCAUAUUACCCAGCAUAGCUUGACCUCUCCUUCGUCGACAUUCGGCUGCUACCUCUAUGGCUUUACGUUGGGCACCGGACACAUGGAACCUUUAGGCUUCAUCGUCUCCCCACUGAAUCUGCCCUGCCAGGUCGAUACCUCAAACGAAACUGAAGUGCCCGUUGACGAUCUCCUUGACAACGACUGUGAUGGUUUUGUUGAUGAAGAGUUUUUAGAUGGCGUGGACAACGAUAAAGAUAGUCAGAUAGAUGAGGACACCAAUUCCUUCAAGGUGUUACGGGAAUACGAGCCUUGGUCGGAGUGGGCUUGUGGACGAGAUUGUAAUGACACUAGAAUGUAUAGAUACAGGGAAUGCAAGAAAGAUCUCCCGAACGUAAUUUGUCAGGGGGAGGCCACUCAAAGCAAACCAGAGGACUGCUAUAUCAACGGGAGAUGUCCCAGUCACACACCAGAGCGUUUCACAAAUUUGACCACGAUACAAACCACUCAAUCGAGCCAGAGUUGGUCUUCUGAGCGUUCGACAAAUGAGCUUACAAAGGAAACCACUCAACCGAGCAAGGCUUGGCCUUCUGAAACACAGGAGGCUACGACAGAAAUCACUCAUCCGAGGAUGCCAUGGUCAUUUGCCAAAGUCCAAUUUCUCUCUAAAUCGAUGCCAGUAGAGGGAGAGCAUGUAAGCCUACUUUGUACUGCAGCAGUCAUGGAUGUCCUCCCCCAGGGCGCUAAUUGUGUUGAUGUGCUGGAAGUGUCCUACUACGACCUCAAGACAGAUACAAACUUAAUACUCGCUGUGUACGGGAAAUCGAAAAAUAAAACUUUUAAAUUAAAGAACAUUAAAUGGUCGGUAACAAUGAGAGGAAUCGAUUACAGCAUUAACGGAGAGUGCAUGAACUUGUACACGGCGACCAUCACCUUGCGUACGCCCAAUAUCCAAGUAGAGCAGAGUGGACCUUACGCAUGUUUCAUAUUUACGUCUACUUCCGUUUGGCUACAUGAAGGGGCAACUCUGACUGUCCGACCUACAAAAAACACAUCAACAUUCGUUACAUGGUAUGAUGAAACAACUGGUAGAGUGAACAUAUCAAAAGCCAGACGUGCACAGUUCCACACAGGGGAUGUCAUCAAACUCAUAGCCCUCUUUGUCAUUUGCAUUUAUUUAAUAAAAACAGUGUAGAGAAUGAUUGAUUAGAAAAAUGUGAGAUCCCUUGAUUAAAUCUAUUUUAAUAAACCA